GACUUCACAGUUCAACGUAAGAGCACACUAUUUCCGGCGACUUCGUCAGAAAUGGACCCCGGAAUAUGGAGCCGACUGCCGGAGGACAUCCUCGAACACGUCCUUGCAUUUUUACCAUUGAAGACCUUGUUGAAUCUCAGAUCAACCUGUAAACACUUCAAGUCUCUCAUCUUAUCGCCUUCUUUCAUCUCCAAGCAUUACUCUUCUUUUUCUUCACCUUUCUCUUCUUUUGUCUUACUCUCUCACCCACAGUUUCAUUAUGAAUACCCUCUCUAUGACACCAUCCUCAACAACUGGCGCAACGUAUCUCUCUCCCUCACUCCCGUGCUAUCCAAUGUACCAUCGGCUGUACUCCUCUCAACCUCUAAUGGCCUCCUUUGCUUCUCUUUGCCCAACUCAUCAUCUUUCCUUGUGUGCAACUUGUUGGCUAGAUCUUCAAGGAAAGUGAAGUUUCCAAAGAAACCAUUUGUUUUUAACUUGCUUACUUUGGUUUCUACUUCAGGUGGGUACAUAUUGUUCAUGCUAUCUCCUUCUUCUUCUGGGGCAUCUUAUAAUACUCUUCUAUAUGACUCCAGCGUUCAGUCAUGGCAAGAAUUUGAGGGGUUUGACCCGGUUUUAAGCAACGAUUAUCAUCAAGAAGGUGUAUACAACAAUGGAUACUUGUAUUUCACAACAACAGAACCUUUUUCAGUUGUGAGCUUCGAUUUGGAGUUUGGGAAAUGGGAAAGAUUAAUGGUUGAGCUACCGGAUGAGCUUAUGUUUAUUCGAUUGGUGAGUGAUGGGAAUGGAAAGUUGUACAUGAUUGGUGGAAUUGGAAGUGAUGGAAUAUCAAGAAGCAUCAAGUUGUGGGAAUUGAGUGGUGGUGGAGAGAAUUGGGUGGUGGUUGAAAGUGUUCCUUCGAUGAUGUGUAGGAAAUUCUUGUCGGUCUGCUACCAUAAUUAUAAACAUGUUUACUGUUUUUGGCAUCAGGGUAUGAUUUGUGUAUGCUGCUAUAGUUGGCCUGAGAUAUUGUAUUACAGAGUCUCCAAGAAGACCUGGCACUGGCUGCCCAAAUGUCCUUCACUGCCAGAGAAAUGGAUUUUGGGUUUCAGGUGGUUUUCUUUUGUUCCUGAGCUAUUUGCUUUUGUGUGAAUUUAUAUAUAUAUAUAUAUUUUGUAUG